CAACACACGUCCGGCACAAAGAUUGGGCCGUGGUAGAUCAAAAGCUAUGCAUGGCAUGGCGGCAGAUUCAUCGGCAAUGUUGAGAAGGCCGUCACCAGUGGCUGUCCCAGACCGCCAGAACACCUUGGCCGAUGUCUUUGCUGAAUGCUUUCACGGCAUUGCCAGUAAGGACCUCGUCUUUGCUUCCGCUGCGCAGACAUCGUACUGGCCAUCAAGUUUCUGGAGUUCGUCCUCCAGCUGGCGCCGGCAAAUGCAUUGGCCGACAGGCUUUCCUUUUGCUCCGUGUCUCCUCUUCAACAUGUUCCUGUUCCCGCUGUCCUUUCUCCUUGACAACGACGUAGUACUCCUCUACGCCAUCGUAAAGGUUGGAUCAAUGGGUGCUCCUGGCGAGUCUUCCCACGAGGCCUCUAGGGUCUCGGCUUUCGCAAUGCAGAGGCGUGACAAAUGGGGACUGUUGCCCCAAGCGUAGUGCGGAACUCUUCCGCGGAGCACAGCAAAGAAUGCAGG